CUUCUUCCGUGUCCUCGGAGGCGGCAGCAGCAGCAGCAGCAGAACCAGAACCAUGGUGGAGCAGUCGGAUCGAGCCCCGCUGCUGGACUGGGAGGAGAUCCCACCGCCGGACCCAAACCAGGCGACCCAGCCGCCGCCUCAGCCGCCCAGGGAGGAGGACGCGGCGGCGGAGAAAAGUUCGCAGCCGGCCGGGAGGCGCACACCGACGGGCAUUGCGGCUGGCACGACUGGGUGGAGCAGCACCACCACCAGCACCACCAACACCAUCACCUGCAGCCCCACACGGAGCCUAACAGCUGUUGUUGCCAGCGGGGACGGAAGCCCGAGGCGUCCGCGCACCGAGCUCUCCGGCUGGGAUCGCCCGGAGCCUCUCGGCACGGAUCGGAACGUUCCCUUCCCCGGCCUGUCGGUGAGGGAUCAGUGGGAGGAAAAGGACCAGAUCGUGGCGGUGUUUGUGGUCACCUUUGAUACGAGAUCAGGGAAUAUGGUAGAGUGGUGCCUGCCUCACGACAUGAACCUAGACGGAGUCGAGUUCAAGUCAAUGGCCAGCGGUUCCCAUCGGAUCACCAACGACUUCAUAUAUUUCCGUAAAGGCUGUUACUUCGGGCUGGCCUGUUUCGCUAACAUGCCUGUGGAGAGCGAAUUGGAGCGAGGAGCGAGGAUGAAGUCUGUGGGAAUUCUGUCUCCCUCCUACACGCUCCUUUACCGCUACAUGCACUUCCUAGAGAACCAAGUCAGACACCAGUUGCAGUGUCCGGGCCAGUACUCGCCACUAGAGGCCUUCUAUGAGGACAAGAAGGCCGUUCUGCCCCCGACAGGAAACGGCCUGGUCACCGCCUGUCCGACCUGGAGCGUCACCACCAUUAACCGCUGUAUGCACCCAGAGAUGAAGAUCACCCACCCGGCUGGAUGUAUGUCCCAGUUCAUCCAGUUUUUCGGGGAGCAGAUUAUGGUUUUGUGGAAGUUUGCGCUGCUUCGAAAGCGCCUCCUCAUCUUCUCUCCUCCACCUGUAGGUGUGGUCUGCUACAGGGUGUAUUGCUGUUGCUGCCUGGCUAACGUUUCUUUACCUGGAAUCGGAGUUUCUGUGCCUGAAUUGCGGCCUUUCUUCUACAUCAACAUCGCCGACAUCACCGCCCUGGAGACAGAGAUGUCCUACGUGGCCUGCACAACGGAGAAGAUUUUCGAGGAGAAGAAGGAGCUGUACGACGUCUACGUUGACAACCAGAAUGUGAAAACCCACAGGAGCCAUCUGCAGCCGCUGCUCAGACUGAAUGCAGCAGAUAAAGAGAAGUACAGGAAGCUGAGCGAGCAGAGGCAACUGUUGCUGUAUUCUCAGGAGGUGGAUGAAGACUGCACGUCAAAUGAAGAGGAUCUUUUCAUUCUGUUCUUCAUGGAGCUGAACAACCGCAUCUUCCAGACGCUGUCGGACGUAGCAGGGAGCAGCGAUCCCACCCUCACCGCUGAGCAUGUGAGGGCCAUGGGGCUGGACCCCCAGGGCGACCGCUCCUUCCUGGUCGACCUGCUGGAGGUGUACGGCAUCGACGUGACGCUGGUCAUAGACAACCUCUGCUGCCCCUGAACCCUCCCUGGUCGCCCUGGGAAACUUGGAUGCCACUGGAUUAACUGUGCCUGCAAGGCCUCUACACACACACACACACACACACACACACACACACGCACACACACACACAAAGACACUGAAGACACUGCCUCCACCCUGGGACUUCUUCUGUUGCCUGCUGUCCCCUCCUGGGUGUCUGUUUCCUGUUCGUGUGCGUCUCAUCUGACCUGCGGACUGUUUUUCUACCACUGUGGGUGAUGCGGACACUUGAACGUGGUGCACUGGUUCACAGUGGCUGAUAAACACCUGCCUCGCGGACUGUGGCAUCUGCGUGCCCUUACAGCCAUUCUCAUCUCUUGUCACUCACUCUGUACCGUUUUUUUUUUUUUCGUUGGAAAUAUGGAUUUUCUGUGCUCGUUUGACUUUGAUUCCGGCUUAAAUAGCCACGGCUGAAGCACUGGAUGAAAAUUAAAAACCUUCAUCGACUCUGGUCGUGACCGCCGGGUGACUGAUUGUUCUCCGCUGCACUUGUUUCAGCACAGAAGUCAUUUUCACGAUCCUGCAGCUUCGGUGUCCACUCCCGAAGGAUAGAUUUAUAUUUAGGAAAAGCUUCGACUCCUGGAAUUUGUGUGCUUCACAUUCCUUGUUCCGGGAAACCAAACGGACUCAAAACUUCUGCUGUAAUCCCACACUUGGAUGUUUGUUCUUGUUCUGGAAAAUUGUACAAAUGAAAGCUUUCUGACCACUUUAUUUGCCUUUCAAAAGGAAAGCAAUAGGAGCCUGUGUGUUGAAAGUGUCACCCUUUUUGUAUGUAUAUCCACCUCGCAGCCUCUUCUAGUUUUUGCUAUUUCUUCACGACUGAAAGUGAGAGGUUGGAGCUAAAUGCUGAAACGCUUAGGGUGCUAUCCUCCUCGUAGGAUCAAUUAAUGUGAAGCUAGAUGAGAAGGGAAGACCUGCUAUAAACGUUCACCUUUAUGCACCUUCAGCACAGGGUAGGCCUGGUGGUGUUUCUGUGUGAUGGACGCGCUCUGGAAACCGCUUUGUUCUGUGUUGUACUUUCUCGUUUGUCGUAAAUCGGUGGAGGAAUUUUCAAUGAAUGUGAUUCUGAAACACUCUCUCAUCAUGAAUGCUGCACCGCGUCCACCACCGGACGCUUUCCUGAUGCACACACUCAAGCUUAACUGUAAUUCUUUCCCCGUGCUGUGUUUUUGAUUUAGAGUCUGAGCCAGCAAGUAGCUACGGGCCGUCAAUACUUUUUGUUUUUAUUUUAGUCCACUGUAGAGCAUCAGUGAAAGAUAUUAUCUGUCUCUCAGAGUGGAGGGUCCUCCACGGAGCCGUUUUUAGUUUACUUGUUGAUCAGCUUCAAAGAGAUGCUUCCCGUCUGUCUGUAUCCACGACAAAGAUCUCUUUGUGUGCGUUUUUGUCUGUUGAUAUCCUGACGAGAGCCGAGCAGAAGCUUUAACUCCUCCUCUGUGGGCAGAUUCACAGAAAGGACGGCGUCUGUUCCAGCUGAGGGUUUCUCUCAGUCCUUUCAUCGCGGUCCCAUUGAGCGAAUCCAGCUUUAGAGAUGGGCCAACUGUGUCUUUUGAAUACUGCUGGCAGAGGGCUUUCAGUUCAUCCAUCACGUUGCCAAUCACAGCGAUAAUUUGUUCCAUGUUGGAACACAUGAGGCUAAUGUUUGCCUCGUAUAAAUGUGAGCUAGUGGUUCUCAACCUUCUCGUGCCCCCGCCUCUCUUUUCCAAUGCAAGCUAAAACACCAAGUAUUUUUUAAUCAUGUCUUUUUAGUCUUUAAAUAUUCUUUUUUUUCAUUGUAAAAUUCCAAAAAAAAUUACCUUAUGGGGGCCUAAUCCCCAGGUUGAGAACUGCUGAUUUAAAGAGUGAUUUUAUAGCGUGACUCGUAACUUGACUUGACUUGACCUCCCCGAGAUGUUUCCUGGGCUGGUUAAAAAAAUAAAGAAAGUGCACUAAGUGUUGUCUAUGGAAGAAAAGGGCAGUUGUUAAGCUUUGUUUUUUUGUUUGUUUUUUUUAAAUGGGGCCUUAUGAAAAUGUGACUUUCUCAAACUUACCACAGCAAAGUGACUCAUUCCUGUACGUACGUCAACAUUAUUUGCUGAAAGAUUAAGCUCAGUGACAUUAGCACUCCUGAAUGACCUUAGUGUCUCCACUGAAACCUGCCUGGUCUAUUUACUUGUCAGCAGAUGUAUUCUCUCUCCUCUGACAGCGUUUGCUUUACAGGUGUAUGUUCGAUGUAAAAAGGGAAUGUACACAACACACACACCACUGUAUAAAAUGCCUUCUUUGUGGACCCGUUCACACAUGUCUACCAGCAUUAGCUAAACUAAUAGUUUGUACAGAGUGUCACUCUCCUCCUGAAUGUCCGAGACAGCGAACGUAUUGCACACAUGCAGCAACACAUCCGAGUAGUGUAACCGUUUCCUUCUUGAUUGUAAUGUAAAUCAAGAGCGCUCACAGAAUAACAAGUAAGUCUUCACCUUUACUAAUGUGAAACACUGUAAGAGAUGUCAGUAAUGUACACAUAAACUCAAUAGCAUGAGCAACUGUCAGUUCCACUGUACUGCCAUUGUAAAACAAUAAAACACUGGUACUGUUUAA